AUGCCCAACCUCUUUUCGCCCAUCCAGAUUGGCCGCUUCACGCUGCCCAACCGCAUCUUUAUGGCGCCGCUCACGCGGUGCCGGUCGUCGCCGGGCGACCACAUCCCGUCCGAACUCAUGAUCCAGCACUACGCAGACCGGGCGUCGGCGGGCCUGACCAUCACCGAGUGCUCGAUGAUCGCGCCCAAGACGUCGGCCUUCUUUGCCGAGCCCGGUGUCUACUCGCCCGAGCAGUUGGCGGUGUGGAAGAAGAUCACGGACGCGGUCCAUGCCAAGGGCGGCAAGAUCUUUUGCCAGAUCUGGCACGCUGGCCGCGGUGCGCACCCAGAGCACAACGACGGCGCCGAGCCCGUGGGUCCAUCUGCGAUUGCAAUCGACGGCUUCACGUACACGCCCAGCGGCCGCGUCCCGUUCGUCGUACCGCGCGAGCUCACGCUCAACGAAAUCGCUGCGAUCGUACAGCAGUUUGCGACGGCGGCGCGCAACUGCGUCGAAAUCGCUGGCUUUGACGGCGUCGAAGUCCACGCCGCGAACGGGUUUCUCGUCGACCAGUUCCUCAAGGCGAGCUCCAACACGCGCACGGACGCGUACGGCGGGUCGCCCGAGAACCGGACGCGGUUCCUGCGCGAGGUCGUCUCUGCUGUCGUCGACGCCAUCGGUGGCGACCGCGUCGGCGUUCGUUUCUCGCCGCUCAACACGGGGUUCAUUGCGUCGAGCGAGACGGACCCCGAGGCGUUUGCAGCCUAUGUCGCUUCGACCAUCAACGCCUUUGACGUGGCCUACGUGCACGCGGUGCGCCGCGACAACGCCGGUCAGCUCACGGGCGACAUCGUGCCGAUCUUUCGUCAGCACUACAAGGGCACGCUGGUCACGAACGCGCAGUAUUCCCAGGACGAAGCGACCGAGGCCAUUGAAAAGGGUGAGACUGACGCGGUCGCGUUUGGGAAGGCGUGGCUCGCCAACGCCGACUUGGUCGCUCGCUUUGAGCGCCAAGCGCCGCUCAACACACCGGACCCGUCGACGUUCUACUCGGGCGGUGCCAAGGGCUACAACGACUACCCGCUCUUGGCGUGA